AAAAAAAGAAAGAAGGGGGCGAGAAUCCAGACAAUGUGUGAUAGGGAUUCAUUUCCACUGACCACGCCAUACGCAGCGUUGUGAUAUCAGUGUUAUUUGGGAGCAGUUCCUGGCGUUUAUUCUGCGGCUUUUGCUUAUGCACAUCAGGCGGCGGCGAGGGCUGCGGCAAGCACUGGCCUGACAGAUGCGAGAGGAGAAAAGGGGAGAAACGCGAUGGAUGUGACUCUUAUAAGGAAUGAAUGAAAGGACCUGCUGCUCUUAUCACUGCACUGUUAUUUAUUAUAACUGACGCCCAGCAGAAGAAGGAGCAAUCUGAUCUGUUCGGUGGAUCAGCAGUAGACGGACGAGCAUAUUAGUGAUCUCUUUUAUUCAGUGCCUGUUUGUGGCAGGAUGAGUUUCGAAAGGCUAUGAUGGCGAAAAAGCAAGAUGCACGAUCGCCCAUUUACAACCUCAUUGUGGUGGGUUUGUCUGGAACAGAGAAGGAGAAGGGGCAAUGUGGGGUGGGCAAAUCCUGCCUGUGCAAUCGGUUUGUGCGACCCAGUGCUGACGAUUUCUACCUGGACCACACAUCAGUUUUAAGCACCAGUGACUUUGGGGGUCGUGUGGUUAACAAUGACCACUUUCUAUUUUGGGGGGAGGUGUCUCGGGUCCUGGAGGAGGGCCCUGAGUGCAGGAUGCAUGUUGUGGAGCAAACCGAAUUCAUAGAUGACCAGACAUUUCAGCCACACCGUAGCACUGCUAUGCAGCCCUAUAUCAAACGAGCGGCUGCGACCAAGUUGGCCUCGGCAGAGAAACUCAUGUACUUCUGCACAGAUCAGCUGGGUUUGGAGCAAGACUUUGAGCAAAAGCAAAUGCCAGAAGGGAAACUGCAGGUUGAUGGCUUCCUGCUUUGUGUUGAUGUGAGCCGCGGCAUGAACCGUAACUUUGAUGACCAGCUGAAAUUCGUCACAAACCUUUAUGGCCAGCUCAGCAAGACCAAGAAGCCCAUCGUGCUGGUGCUGACCAAAUGUGACGAAGGUGUUGAGCGCUACAUCAAAGAUGCGCAUACCUUUGCGAUCACAAAGAAAAGCCUCCCAGUAGUCGAGACUUCUGCUCGCUCAAAUAUUAAUGUGGAUCUAGCCUUCCUCACGUUGGUUCAGCUUAUUGAUAAGGGCAGGGGCAAGCCCAAGAUCAUACCUUAUUUUGAAGCCCUGAAACUCCAGAGUCAGCAGAUAGCCUCAGCCAAGGAUCGCUACGAGUGGCUCAUUAACCGUAUCGUCAAGAAUCAUAAUGAAACUUGGUUAAAUGCCAGUCGACGAAUGAACAACUCACCAGAGUACAAAGAAUAUGUUUUCUUGGAAGGAACAGCUAAAUGCAAAAAGCUUUUUCAACAGCACGUCUACCGCCUGAAGCAGGAGCACAUCGAGAGGCGUCGCAGGAUAUAUCUUAGCACUCUCCCUUUAGCACUUAGUUCACUGGUGCCGGAUCUCGAUGAAAUAGAUCAGCUGAGCUGGUCUGGAGUGCAGAAAGUGCUUGAGUCCAAGCAGCACUUUACUCACUGGUUUGUGGUUCUGGAGGAUUCUCCAUGGGAAGAUACAUCUCACAUAGACAACAUGGAGGAUGAGCGAAUCCCCUCUGAUCUUCUGGAGACUGCUGAAGCAGAAGAUAUAUUCAAUGCCCAUCUGGAACAUCUAAGAAAUGAAUGUAGACGUGCAGAAAUAAGACAGGAGUUUAAGCAAAAGUUAGCAUCCUCUCCCUUUGUUACCCCUGGUAAACCAUGGGAGGAGGCCCGCAGCUUCAUCAUGAAUGAGGAGUUUUAUCAGUGGCUCGAGGAGCCGGAGUACUUGGACCUGUACAACCGCCAUCAAAAGGAGAUUAUUGACCGUGCUAAAGAAGACUUCCAGGAGCUUCUGCUUGAAUACUCUGAGCUUUUUUAUGAGCUUGAAGUGGAUGCCAAGCCUAGCAAAGAAAAGAUGGGAGCAAUUCAGGAGGUUCUGGGAGAGGAGCAGAGGUUUAAGGCGCUGCAAAAGCUUCCUGCUGAAAGAGAUGCCCUUGUGCUGAAGCAUAUUCACUUUGUCUAUCACCCCACCAAGGAAACAUGCCCCAGUAGCCCUCACUGUGGAGACUCUAAGAUUGAGCAACUCCUAGCAUCUCGUUUUCCCACCUGUUACCCCUUCUUUGAUGUGAAAGCUCAUUUUGGGGACACCAAAGCUGAUAGAAUUAAUUUGGUCAUCCUAGGUAAGGAUGGGUUGGCCAGAGAAUUUGCCAAUGAGAUUAGAGCUCUGUGCACAAAUGAUGACUGGUAUGUUUUAGAUGGGAAGAUGUAUGAGUUGACACUGCGGCCCAUUGAGGGGAACGUUCGUCUUCCAGUAAACUCCUUCCACACCCCCACAUUUACCCCUCAUGGAUGUCUUUGUCUGUAUAACUCAAAAGAUUCUCUGUCUUAUGUGGUAGAAAGUCUUGAGCGACUUAGGGAAUCAACUCUAGGUCGAAGGGAUAGCCAGCUGGCUCAACUGCCAACAUCCCUUCUUUUAGUCACUAAAAGAGGAGUGGGCUCAUAUGUUGAUAUAGGUGGAGACACUGCCUUAAACCUAAUAACACAGGGACAACAAGUUGCAAGGAGACUACAGUGUAGCUUUUUAGACCCAGCCUCCCCCGGUGUGGGCUAUGGGCACAAUGUAAGUGAGACUCAGAUCAAUCAGGUGCUGAGAGGCCUUCUUGAUGUUCGAAGGAGCACAUCUUUUAGUAGCAGCUCCCCGCCUCUCCUCCCUGAGCCUCCCGGCCUCCGAGACUCUCCACAUCAGCCAGCCCAAGAGGCAGACCUACGCAUUGUCAUGUGCUUAAUGUGUGGAGACCCCUAUGACAUUGAACAGCUCCUGUCUCCUUUCCUGAUGCAUCAGCAUUGCAGACCUAUGUCGAAUAGUGGCACUUCUGUGUUGUUAGAGCAGACCAUUGGGGGGCACAAGCUGGCCAUAGAGCUUUCUCUCCUCUCAUAUCAUGCCUCGUUCACUUUAAGGAAGAGCAGGUUAGUGCACGGCUAUAUUGCUGUGUACUCAGUCACCCGGAAAGCUUCCCUGGAGACCCUGUGUGCAUUCUUAUGUGAGGUUCAGGACAUUAUCCCCGUUCAGCUGUUGGCAGUAGGAGAUAGUCAGGCUGAGCUCACCGACAGCGACUUUGCCUGUGAACAGCUGAUUCAGGGGGAGGAGCUGGCCCAUGAGAUCGAGGGUCGUUUCAAUAGUGUGGUUUGUGGAUCUGGGGGAGUGGUGGGAGGCCUGCACAGAAUAGAAAUGUUCCAUUCAUUUCUGAUGGAGGUGGUAGAGAAGCGCAACAUUGUGGAGGCCACGCAUAUGUAUGACAACGUUGCAGAAGCGUGCACCGUUGAAAAUGUAUACUCCCCACGCUGCAUCUCUCCCAGUCCCGUGACCAUGUUUGUGGAUUCGGAGGAUGACGUAGAGCCUUCUCCACCGUAUUACGACGGCACUCUCUCCUCUCACGGCGGCGGCUUCAACAUGCCUGACUUGGACUCCAGUGACAUCUCUGUCAUAUCUGAUAUCAGAGACUUUGAAAAUAAGCUCAACAACAAAAUACCCCCCCAAGUGAGGGUAAAACCAGGUGUCACUUUUGACUUCCGGAAGGUUAGCCGUAGUCCCUACAUAGACACCCUAGGUCAUCGUCGGUCCUUGCCCUCUGCUGUUACCUGGGUACCUGGUGGAGAUGUGGGUUACGACCCCUCAGACUACGCCGAACCCAUUGAUGCCGUCUCAAAGCCCCGCCCUAGCAACGAAGAAAUCAUCUACUCAGUCCCACAUGACAGCACCCAGGGCAAAAUCAUUACCAUCCGCAACUCCAACAGGAUGCAUUCAAAUGGAAAUGGCUCAGACAGCGAGGCAGACAGCAGCUCUUUGGAGCGAAGGAGGAAGUUCUCAGCGAUCGGAGUGAAGCCCCGACUGUACCGCGACCGCUCGAAGCGUCUGGGCAAGUUUAGCAGUUUCCGUACAAGCUUUAUAGGCAGCGACGAUGAAAUGGGAGCUCUGUCAAAGUCCAAAGAUGACGACUUUGGGACUUUGAAAGGCGACAGUCUUGUUAAUGAGGAGAUUGAGGACCCAAAGAAGAGGAACAUUCUGAAGAGCCUCAGGAGAACAGCCAAGAAAACAAGACCAAAGCCGCGUCCAUCGAUUCCCAAGCCCAUGGAGAGCUGUUACUUUGGAGUGCCACUAGCCAGUGUGGUCUCCCCAGACAGACCAAUUCCACUUUUCAUAGAGAAGUGCGUCCACUUCAUUGAGAAAACAGGCCUGAACACAGAGGGGUUGUACCGUGUGAGUGGCAACAAGUCCGAGAUGGAGAGCAUGCAGAAGCAGUUUGAACAAGACCACGGAUUAGACCUGGUGGAGAAAGACUUCGCCAUAAACACUGUGGCUGGAGCUCUCAAAAGCUUCUUCUCAGAGCUGCCUGAGCCCCUGGUGCCUUGUGCUCUGCAGGUGGAGCUAUUGGACGCUUUCAAAAUCAUGGACCGAGAGCAGAGGCUGUAUGCCAUGAAGGACGUCCUGAGGAAGUUCCCCAAGGAGAACUAUGACGUCUUCAGAUAUGUAGUGAGCCACUUGAACAGGGUGAGCCAGCUGAGCAGAGUCAACCUGAUGACCAGCGAGAACCUGUCCAUCUGCUUCUGGCCCACCCUCAUGAGGCCCGACUUCACCACGAUGGACGCCCUAACUGCCACGCGCACCUACCAGACAAUCAUCGAGACCUUCAUCCACCAGUGUGCUUUCUUCUACUACAACCAGCCGCUGAUCGACUCCCCGACGGGGCUCGGGGGCCUCCCCGCCUCGCCCACCACCACCCUGGGCGGGAGCUCCGCCUACUCCUGCUACCGCUCCUCGCCUCCCCACACCGCCGCGCACUUCAGCCCCCUGCAGCAGUCUCCGCCCACCACGCCACAGUCGCCCCUUCAGUCCCUGCUGCCGCCGCUCCACCAGCACCCCCACGCCCACCACCCUCCUGCUGAACAAGAGACACUGUGAGAGACGAUGACACCGCGUGUGCCCCAUGAUGAUGCUGGACCUUGUCACCGAUACACACAAAACGCAUUCAGACAUGAGAACAA